AAAAGCCAAAGGAUGUACGAAAACCCAAGUGAGAAAUUGAGAAGGGAAAAUUGAACUGAAACUAGUAAAAGCUCCAAAAUGAAGACCGGACAAAACAUGCAGUAACUAAGCAAAGCACCGAGAUCGAGAAAAACCGAAGAAUCAGAGCACAUCCAAGAUAGAAAACAAGUAGCGAGGAGGAAGACCGGAAUCAAUGGGUUUCACCAUGGGCUUGAACUUCCUUCUUCUCUUGGCCAUGGUGGCAACCAACAUCCUCUCCCUUUAUCACCUCUCCUCUACCGUCCAAUCUCCCAAACCUCCUGCCCCUGACCCUGUCCCUGACCACCUCCUCCGCCAGCUGAACACCAUACGCGCCACCAUCAACCACCUCACGCGCCACAACCCUUCCACCGCCACCACCACAGCGAAACCCACCUCCACUGUCCCUCAAGAUCUCCUCCUCCACUCCCAAAUCGCCCCCAUUGCUUCUUCCUGCCACAACCACCCUGACCUUCUACAUAAAUACAUGACUUACACUCCUUUCUCAAUCUGCCCUUAUGAUCCUGACCUUCAAGAAACGCUCAUUCUCAACGGUUGCCACCCACUUCCACGUCGGCGUUGCUUCUCAAAAACCCCAUCAAAACCGUCUUCCUCUCUUCCCCUAAACCCGUUCCCAACUUCCCUCCCUGACUCCUCUGUAAUCUGGAACAAAUACUCAUGUAAAUCUUUUGCCUGUCUUUUACAGAACAACCCCAUAGGUUUCGAUCUCAACGCUCAACGCUCUUCCCUGCUAAAAUACUCUUCUGAACUCGAUCUUCCUAUCAACCAGUUCAUGCAAUUGGCCAAGUCAGCCAAUUCAGUGAUCCGUCUGGGCAUUGACAUAGGCGGCGGAACUGGAACCUUUGCUGCUUUAAUGAAAAAAUUCUACAAUGUUACGAUGCUGACCACUACCAUGAACGUCAAUGGACCUUACAACGAAGCCGUGGCCUUAAGAGGGUUGGUGCCUUUACACGUGCCGUUGCAGCAGAGGUUGCCGGUUUUCGACGGGACGAUGGAUCUGGUCCGGUGUGGGAGGGCGGUGAACAGGUGGAUACCGGUGAAGGUGAUGGAGUUUAUGUUUUACGAUGUGGAUAGAGUGCUGAGAGGAGGAGGGUACUUGUGGGUGGAUCGGUUCUUUAGUAAAGGAGUGGAUCUGGAGAAAAUUUAUGGGCCAUUGAUUGGGAAGCUUGGGUAUACGAAAGUGAAGUGGGCAGUUGCUAAUAAGACGGAUUCAAGUGGGUUGAAGAAUGGGGAAGUUUACUUGACUGCUUUGUUGCAAAAGCCUGUUUCAAAGUGAUGAUGGGAAUUGAGGAAUCAUUGAUUUUUUGAGAUAUUGAUGUCUGAUCACAAUCGCAUGGACGCGGGAAACAUGCCACCAUCUGUGCAAAGAUUAUUGUCUGCACUCAGAAAAGCUGGAAACCCUUGCUUGAGUGACAAAGCAACUUAAAUCAUUCCCACUAACGUGGAUUAGGAUUUCAGCAGCUUCUCAAUGUUGUAAAGAUUGUAGAUGUGCAAAAAAAAAAAACAACAAUUAUAGGCAGUGGAGGGUAUUGUAAAAUCACAAGGUUCUCUCAUAAAAGUGGUCGACGUGGAUGGCCCUCAUUCAUUUCCCAACUACUUGUUAUAACAUUUUGUUGCUGUCUAUAAAUAUGUGUAGAACAAUCACCAAAUAAUGGACUUCUACCUUUUUUUUUUAGGGCUUAGCAAGCCAAAAAACAAGGCUUUCUGCAUGUAACGUAUUGAGAACCAUCGAUUCGUAGGAUGUUAGAAAGUUUCGGUUGGAGAUGCAGCAAAAAUAGUGUUGUCGUAAAA